AUGUUCUGUCCAAACUCAUCCCAGUCCUGCUCCAUGGUCUCUCCUUACUCCUACAAGUCCAGCUCCAUUGUCUCUCCAAACUCCUCCCAGUCCUGCUCCAUGGCCGGGCUCACACCUCCUACGUACAUCAGGGCUGACAUCCAGGGGUGUGAUCGUACAGACACCACCAGACACCAGAUUUUGACAGCGGGCCCUAGCUUUCGCGGAACUCGGAUCGUUGAAUACGGCGAUGAAAAUGGCGUCGCCCCAAUCCAGGUCAGUCCAUCAAUCAGCCCACACUUACUCAGACGGAGGACAGCGCGGCGACAGCGGCCUGAGUGCUUUCGGAUUGAGAUGGAAGAGCGAAUGCGACGCACGCAGCCCCCCCUCCCAUCCCCACCACCCCCCCGACUCCAAGGCUUCAGACGAAACCUUGACAAGAAAGGCUCCCGUCCUGGCCCGGCUUGA